GAUGGAUAGUAAUACUGUGGGUUUUGUCGACAUUAUGCGCGUGGGGAUGUAGUUGGGAAAGAGCACUGGUUCUAGGCGUCGGCCCCUUCCUUGUCCCGCAGCCUCGCAGGUGGGAAAGCACAGACCACCCAACAGCCGCAUCCUGCUUUGGAGGUGCUAGGCUAGCCUCUCCAAACGGAAUGCAACCGGCUUCCAUCAUCACAGCACAAAUCUCAAGAACAUCGACCAACAUCUCCACGAAAAGGCCGCCCCUCCGAGCCCUAUCUAGUCCCGAGACCUUCCGUCGAAUCUCCAUUGACACCUUAGACCGAGCUGCAAGAGUUCCACAAUAUGAAUCGACCAGGGGCAGUUCCGCAGUCCCUCCGUGGCAUACCGGCUGGGUUUGCAAGUCAGCAGCAACCGCAGCCGCAGCAACCGGGGCGAAGUGUAUCGAAUCGACUACCAAACGGAAAACUAGGAAACAAUGGGUGGGCAUUUGGUGCAGGAGUUCCCUUGAGUGGUGGUGGCCUUCAGAAUCCAACCAGACAGUUGGGUGGAAACACCAGCUUCGCCCAGAGCUUGAGCGGGUCACAACCAGCAACACCACUCGACCUUUCGGAAUUCCCUUCACUCUCCAAUACCCCUCAGCUUCCAAACGCCGGCCAGUCAUCUAUGUGGUCAACUGCGGGAUCUAGGAGUCUCGGUGGCCUGGUCCAGAGAAACCAAGGCACACCUCUGCCGUCGCAGCAGUCGCCGCAGGAAGACCUCUUCGCUUCGUCGUCCAGGCUAUCGUCCGCCCAGGGAUCGUUCAGAUUUGGCAACAACCAAGGCAGCGCCUCCCAGACCCAGGGAAGCACUGCUGAUGAAUUUCCGCCGCUCAAUAGAAACGUGAACGGUGAUAUCGGGCAGGAGCGAAGCUCAAACCUGAUGUCAAGCUUAGGGUUUGGCGCGCAGGCAUCGGCUCCGACCGCGCCUAUGCCAACUAGCAGGGCAGGUAAUGGUUUGCUGAACGCGCUCUCAGCAAAUACGCGUGCCGCAGACGAACGCUCACCCACUACUGGUUCGCGAACUCAGGAUUCGAGGAGUUCCGUUGGCGAGGAUGAACCCCGCCAAAAAACGGCGCCCCUCCGUGAGGACAGUGUCGCAUCCCAGUCGUCAUCAUUCCCCGACGGGCCGGCGCAAGUAGUCGAUAACCGUAAUCCUCUUGGGGCGAUCGGAAAUGAUGCGCCGUUGAACAAAACGAAGGAGGAACGGGAGAUUCAAGGGCCCGAAGUGCAAGACCCGUUGACCGGGAUGGCUCCGAUCGACAAAUUUGGCCUCAAAGGACUUCGAAUGCUCAUGAACAACUAUGACGACUACAACGCCAUGGUUGUCGGCAUUGAUCCCUCCACCCUUGGCUUGGAUUUGAGCAGCACCGAGCUCAUAUCUCAGCAAAUCUACUCCCUCUUCGACGAAAUGCCCCCCCGGCCUUCGAUCCCCAAGUUUCGGCUACCCGAUUGCUAUCAGGUGAACAAUGUCCAGCCGAUCGAGAACAAGAUUCAAAGCUUCAACGAGGAGACCUUGAUGUGGAUUUUCUACAGCUGCCCAGGGGACAUGAAGCAGCAAUUGGCCGCGAUAGAGCUGAACAACCGGAACUGGAGAUGGCACAAGAAGCUCCAGAUCUGGCUAACAAAAGACGACCUCAUGAUACCUCAGAUGCUAGGUCUCACUCACGAGCGUGGCUACUAUAUCGUCUGGGACACUGUGCACUGGCGCAAGGAGAGGCGAGAGUUCACUCUGUACUAUACAGAUCUGGACACCAAUCCGGCAGGAUCAGCUGCCUAGCCGUGUUUCAUAAUCCUCUACGUUCUUAUGGUUGGUUGUUGAUGGAAGGCGAGCGGCGCCUUCGCCCUCGAUGGAUAUCUCGGCGUAUUUGGCUUUCUAUGGGCUUCUUUUGCUGAGGCACAAGGACAAGGACGAGGACGAGGGUCGUCACUACCACCCCCUCUGUAUUGUACGGUUAAAUGGCAAUGCUGGGUCUCAGGAGGGAACGACCAGUGGUUGCAAUUAAGCACCUUGCUUGUUGAGGUUACAUACCGGAGCUGCUUUUUCAACUGAUGUCGUACGCACUUACUGCGUAUCGGUAGAGAGUGGAUCUAUGAGGCUCUUUCUGAUUAUCCAGGGAUCGUUGGCAUGUGCCGGAGUUUCUCCUUAUUGCCACUCAAUAGUUCUAAGCAGUAGGUCCCACAUUAUUGGGUGCACGCCCCCACGGAUCUAUCGUGGGGAAUGUGGAUAAACCUGAAGUGAC